UUUUCCUAUUUUGGUCAUAAAUCACACCUGCUUAUCCUCUUCCAUUCCCCCCUUUUCCCACAUUUCUCUCCCGUGACCUCCGUGCCCUAGCAGACCUGUUACCAUUUCUGAUUUUGCCACUAAUUUUCUCUCUCCAAUUUUCGUGCCCUAGCUGCAACAUUUCAAUUCUCUCUCCCAAUUUCUCUUCGACACACUGCGCAUCAACGCUCUCUGUCGUUUUCUUUCUGUCGUUUGAUCUUAUUUUCUGCAUGGGGACUCCAAACAAAGAAGAGUAUGCUGCCUUUGAAGAUAAGGUUAAACGCACAGUGUACAUUGACAACCUCUCACCACGUGUUACGGAAUCUGUCCUGAGAACUGCUCUAAAUCAGUUUGGGACUGUUGUAAAUAUACAGUUUAUUCCAAACUACUUGGUGCCAGGAAAUAUUCCGCAGUGCGCACUCAUAGAAAUGGAGACCUCAAAGCAGGCCUUUUCCAUUGUCUCAACGCUAGCACAGUUCCCUUUCAUGAUGUCCGGGAUGCCAAGGCCCGUGAGGGCACGUCAUGCAGAAGCAGAGAUGUUUGAUGAUCGUCCAAUAAAGCCUGGUAGAAAAUUACAAUUUCGUUGGGUUGACCCAAGUGAUCCCGAUUUUGAGGUAGCCAAGAAACUUAAGCACCUUUGUCGAAAGCAUUCUGCUGAGGCUGCGUUCAUGCAUACGCAACAACAAAAGAAAGAAGAGGAUCUCACGAAGCAGCAAGAAGAAAGCCUGAAACAGAAUUACAAAAAAUACGAGAUGAUAGAUGGUCUCUUGGCUGACGGAACCGCUCGCCGAUUGUCAUGUUGUUAUAACAUUAAUCUUGGGGAUGAUUGACAGGCUCUCUCCUUCUUGUCUAAUAGCAAGUAAUGUCAAUACUGGACACAAGUUCUUUUGUAUAUGACCUUUAGUUUGAAGCCCUCUUACCAGUCUGGAGAAGAAGCAAAGGCGGUUAGGCAAGCUAAGCUCUUUUCUUCAGUACUCACUUUCAUUUUUAUAUACUUGGUGCUUAAAGAUGUUAAUCAUAGAUGUUCUCUUAUGAUAUCAAUUUCUUUGGUAGCCAUGGGUGAAUACUUACUGAUGAUUACUACCAUCACCCACGUAUUAUGUUAGAAAUAGAAAGAAAAGAAAAUUUAGGAAACCUUUUUAUUAAAAAAAAAA